GAGAGUGGUUUCAGUCGGCACGCGGCGUCGCGACGCAACCCAACCCGCGUACACCGCGCCGGACGCGCACGAGUGCACUCGCCACCUCUCACGUAGCUUAAUGAGAUCGUCGACUUUUCCUCACACAAAUCGCUUCGGCGAGUGAUUCGUCUCGAUUGUCGGGUAAUCGGAGAUAGCGAGGAGGCUGAAUGCAUCGGCGGAAGUACAGCAUCGCGAUCGUUCAAUUGACGGGUCAACUUUUUUUCAGAAAAGCAAGCGGAUAUGACAAAGUUGGAAGAGCCGUAAAACUGAAGAGUUAAGUGGAGUAAGCGUGGAAUGAGGGUCAAGGACGUACCGUAUCCUGUGUUAAAUCAUUUCCGGUUCCUGUCUGACGAGGCACGAGAUUCAACGCUACGACAUUUCGCAUUUUUUCCACUUGGGAUUAAUUGCUCAAGCUAAGCCCAAGCAAUUCAAGCAGAAAUCUCGGAAAUUUCGCCAAAAAGAUAGAGGGUUCCGGAUUGCCGGACCUGGGAAGUCAUGAUGACACCGCAGGGAAUACAUCGCAACGUGGAAGCCGUCAAACGACGACGUCAAGCCGGCCGUUUAUUCACGAGUUAAGAGCGAGUGAUAUCGCCGUUAAUUGUCUGCGCCUCUGACGCGACGUGGCAGCCUGGAAAACUUCGCAUCAUGACAUCGCACGAAGGUGGAUGCGUCUACGGCGGGGAGAACUUGACCUGAAGAAGGCCGCGUAGACGAGGAAAAGUGCGGACCUCCCUGAGAGAGCGACAAUGUCAGCGUUCGCCACGGACACGCCGCUGCCGUCCACCACCGUUGCCGGCGAACUCACGACCACUCUCAUUCCCACUGUCACCAGGAUAGACACGCGGUUAGACGUGAAUCCUGUCUCAGUGGUCCUGGCGGUCUCCAUAGUGUGCAUCCUGUCACCCAUCACCGUUACCGGCAAUUCCAUCAUUCUGGCCGCCUUCUACAGAUACAAGAGACUCAGGACUGCCUCCAACUGCCUCCUGGUCUCCUUGGCCAUUAGCGAUUUCGGGGUUGGCGUGUUUAUGCCCUUCGGGAUGCAGCUGGAGCUCUCCGGUUUACCGGAGAAUGGCGUCUCCGCCCUUUGCAUCGUGCCGUAUUGCGUCGUAAUCGCGCUUUGCAGCGUAAGCGUGCUGGUAAGCGUGGCUAUUGCGGUGGACCGCUUGACUUCCCUCGCACAGCCGCUCAGAUACAAGAACAUCAUCACUCACAGCAGUAUAGAAAAGUACAUCGCGAUCUUCUGGAUAUACGCGAUCGCCAUCGGUCUCUCGCCCCUCAUCUACGCUCAAGUGACCGGAAGGGUACAGCAAUCGCACAGCGGUAGCUGCAGAUUCGACGCGGCCGUGCUACCGCCGGUCAGAGUGUUCCUGGUCGUGGCAGUUUGGGCACCGAGCGCUUUGGUACUGCUCGGCUGCUAUAUGUACGUUUAUCUCGUCGCACGUGCCCAUGCACGCGCGAUUUACACGGUGGAGUUAUCGUUCAGACAUCAAACGCAGACGUUGGCGCUGCCCCGUUACGGACAGACACUGGCAGUCACGGUCGGCGCGUUUCUCAUCCUUUGGCUGCCCUUCCAAACUUGCAUGCUGGUGGAUAUUUUCUGCGGCACCAACAUCCUGUCGGAAUGGGCGGUGGUGUGGCUGGGCCUGCCGAUCCUCGCGCACAGCAGCGCGAACCCCUGGAUCUACGCGUUCCAUCACGGCGAGAUGCGCGUCGCCGCCGGGAAAAUCGCCGAAGAUCUGAUCGCUCUGUUCGGCGUGAUGCCGAGCCGUUACGGCUGUUCGCCGACGCGACGCGGAACCAACACGAAUCUCGAGCUAGCCGAGGUGAACAACGAUAGCAACGACAGCCGACAUCCGCCCGUGGAGGAUUGCUUCGCCGUUGGUAAGCAACACAACGUUCUUUGCGCCAGUAGAAAGUGCUUGGAGGUGUCAAGCAGGCAUGUCGACAUCUCUCCUGAAAAGAAUGACAUCGACCACAUCGCGUCCUGCAGCAGCCGACCGGUCGACAUAAUCGAGGAGGACAUUCACGAUCUGACGAAGAUGCUCGACCCGAAGUACAUCAUCGAUCGCAACCACGUGAUCGACUCAAAUCAUAACAUCGACAAGAUCAAGAAUCUCAAGUACCUGCUCGACCCGACCUUCAACAAGAUCCGGCAUCUUCGACGACUGAAUCACAAGCGGAUGCACGGCAAAAACUUCCCGCUGAUCUGCGAGCCCAAGUUCAUCUCUUAUCAGAACCUGAAGAGCGACGGGGCGCACGGCAGCCGCAAGUUCCUCCAGCUGAACGCGCUGUCGGACCCGAUGCUGAACACCGACACUCCCGUGGCGGACGCCAAGGACUUCAACGAAGCGAUGCGUCGCAAUAACAUCGUCUGUCAGCAGCGGAAUUCGAAUAUGUCGUCUAUGUCGGACUCCAACUUGAAAGCGGCCACGGCGCACGCUUCCGGGGCAAGCGUGAAGCUCUUCCCGACGAACGAAAGCGGCGCGGAGAGUCAUCGCGGCUUCUCCGUGCAGAAUCUCCAUCACGGAUACGAGGCCGCGCUGGCGAGGCACGCGAUGAUGCUUUGUCGGCAGAUAGAGGAGCAACGGAGGUCCAGCAAGGCCUCGCCGCAUCCGCGACCGAAAUUCCGUCAUUUCGGGCGCAUGAGCCCGAAUCUAAAGCUCAAAUUACGAAGCGGCUUCUCCGCGUCGUCGUCGUCGGCGCCGAACAGCGCCCGGCCGACUUCCGAAUUGAGCACUCCCCGGCGAAGCGCAUCACCGAGCGUGCCGCAUGUCACUAUCACGCCCAACAAAUUGGCGAAUCUCAUUAACCUAGAUCCGCCGCCGAGGAGCGCGCAUAAAGCGGACCAUACUGCCAGAGUCGUGACACAAACUCGUAGAAACUUGGACAUGCUGAAGCACUCCGAGUCGAUCAACACGAUCGAUCCGACGACGCGCCGCGCGACCCUACUUGAGCCUUCCAACUUGAUGGAUUCCCUGAUCGUGCCGACGAUACACUCGGAACCGCCGAGUCCCAUAGAUCCUCUGCCCUCGACCUUACUCCAAAACGAGGAGGCGCAGAGUCUCGGGAUACCAAGACCCGCCGUCCAAGUCGUCACGCAGCGCGUCAAGUCGCCCCUCGGCAAGAAGAGCAGUCCCGUGAGACAUUCGGAUCCGGUGAUACCAACCGUACUGCUCAACAUCGAGGACUUCAGCGAGCCGCUCGAGCGAAACGACGGCCAGACGAACGAUCCUCCAUUCAGCAACACGCCGACGUUGGAGCCGAUCGAUCUGUUCGAAGCGUUGCUGAAGAACUCCGACAGGAGCAAAGACGCGAGAUUACCGGAACCCAUUUUCGCGGAACACGAUUCCACCAGGUUCAGCUCGAGACGACCGUCCGAUUCGAAAUGGUCGGAAUCGUCCAGAAGCCAGGAGGUCCUGUCGAACGUGACGGAGCACCAAACGUUCCCGUCAUCCUACUCGGUCAACGAUUUUCAAACCUGCAACAGCGGCAGCGAUCUCAACGACCUCACGUCCUUGGACCCAUUCAUGUGCCCCGACGCCCUGACAUCGUCCCUACGCGAAUCCUUCUUCAGCGCGCCGUCCGUGCCCGACUCCGACAUCUUCACGUCCUUCGAGGAGACCGAGCCGGUCUUUACGCCCGAUUACACGCCCGAUUCCGAACGCGACAACAACACGUCGGCGUACAACUCGAUGUCGACGAUGAACCUGAAGAGAUGCGUGUUCGAGGCGACUCUACAGAGCAGAUCCACCGAGUCGGUGCAUCAUCGCACCGCCAGGCAGCUGUCGACGCGUUCCUGCGCGAUUCUCAGACUGGAGCCGGCUGUGCACUCGAGCCGAUUGCGCGUUCGACCCUGCACGAAUUACAUCCUGAAGGAUCCACCGGUCAAGAGGAAUCCGCGACUGGCACCCCUCGCCAUCCCCACGCCCACCGACAUCUGCACCCCCACAUUCGACGUCGUGUCGGAGAUCAAGAGCGACAACGGCGUCGGCGUCAGAGUGUGAAUCGUUCGCGGAACAGAAACGGGAAUCCGCAGAUCUCUUUCGUCAUUGUGUACAAAGUAUUUCGUACAAAUGUUCGCAAAUCAUUGAACUUUAUUCUUGGAGGAACUUAACGCGAAUGAAACGGAAGUCAUAAUCGUCGUUCGGUAAUUUACAAUGUUCAAUAUUUAAUAAUUAAGAUUGACAUUAAGUUUCCAUUGAGAUAAUGUGUUCGUUUUCAAUCACUUAAGAUGUACUUAAAACUCUUUGUUUACGCUUCUACACUUCUCCAUACUUUCUUUCUUUAAUAUUCAUAUUCUCAUAUACUCAUAUUCUUAUAUUAAAUAUGAAUUUAACAUUCUCAAUCUCUAAAAUUCAUCGUAUUGCAUUUAAAUUCUUGAAAACAAAACUUGGUGUUCUUGAUUAAAGACGGGUUUAAUUAAGCAGCAUUAUAUAAAAAACGUGGUGCUAUAUAUAUAUAAAAAAAACACGGACAUUAUAUUGUAAUAAAUAAUGGAAGAACCAAUGAAAACAAAACCAGAUAUAUUUAAAGUUGUACUAAUAAUGCGGCGUGUCUUUGAAGAAAUCGUUUAAUAAGAGAAAAUUGUGCGAUUAAUGUUUCUAUGGCUGUUCAAGUUGCUAGACAUAAUUGAUGUAAGAGAGCGGUGCUGAAUUUUUCGCGAUGUUAGAACAGAAUCGCCAUUUUAACGAUAUGAAAUAAUUUAAGCAAGAGAGUGAUUCGUUUGUCGAUUUAUCCGAAUUAAAUCGCGCUCCGCAUAAAUAAUAUUCCGCCUCAAAUGUAAAUUAGUAUUUGUUGUAUCGAGAUAUAAAGGGAAGUUCUCUCUGUGCGGUCCAAGCAUUUUGCCUGUAAUUGCAUCGUACGUGUGAAUACAACCGUGCGAUUGCGUUUAUAUUCUGCGAAUCGAUCCGCGAAUCAGACGGUCAUUCAGAAGUUCUGUGAAUCAGAACCGCGUGCCAAGCGAACUGUAUCAAGUCCCACGUUUCGCAGAUGUCAUCAAGUUAAACUUGUGAGCUGUUAUAGCUUCUGUACCUGAUGAAAGAUGAUAUAUUUGUUCACUGAUAAAGAUCGUAAAUAUAUUGCAAAAUAUUUAUUGGAAUAUUUUUAGCAAAAUGUAGGUUUGCUAAAAUUUAAUGUAACGCGCUGAUAAGAUGAUAUUUUACGUAGCCAGCGAAUCUUACUGAGAAAUGUAUUUUCGCUUUGCCUCCCAUUUUUGCGCGAACUUAUUUUAACAUGAAUAUUUUUAAAAUUAUUUCAACAUUUGUGA